AUGGUGGGCACCUCUACAUGCUGGCCUUCCCAGCUGUCAAUGGCAGCAACAUGGGAUGAGGACGCGCUUCUGAUCUUCGGUAUGGCGCUGGGCAAGGAGUUUGCCCUCAAGGGUGCCUCAGCAAGCCUGGGGUUGAACGCUCAGGGACAGCUGCUUGGGGGGGGGGGCCAGGAGAGGUACCUUUCAGGGGAGGACCCCCACCUGGGAUCCAAGCUUGGCGCUGCUCAGGUCCGCGGCGUGCAGUCGCAGGGAGUUAUCGCGGUGGUGAAGCACUUUGCCAUGAACGAGCAGGAGACGAACAGAAACACAGAGUCGUCCAACGUUGACGAGAAGACGGCUUGGGAGCUGUAUUUCCCACCUUUCCAGGUGCUUCCAGAUCUGCCCUGGCUGCGUAGCUUGUGGGGGCAGGAGUGCCCUCAAACUCCCCUGACCUCCGCCUGGCGAGACCAUACAGCAUACAGCAUACAGCGAGCCUUGGCCACCGGCUGCCAUGCUUGCCAGGCGGCCGUCGAUGCGGGAGCUGCUGCCUUCAUGCAAGGACCUCAAGACAGGACGAUUGAUUUUCGCCGUGCGGUGUCGAGCGGCCACAUUGCAGUGGUCGAUGGAGUGUAUGCCUGUUCGAAUCGAGACUUGCUGCGGGUUGUGGGCUGGCCGUGGUUGAACUCUGAAGAGGAUGCAUUGAAGGAGCGGAUGGGCUUCCGAGGCUUCGUCCAGUCAGAUUGGUGGGCCGUCCGUGAGAUGUCGCUCGAACGUGGGCUCGACCAGGAGAUGCCAGGCUCGCAGGACCUGUACAGCCUUGAGGCGCUGCGACGCCAGCCCCCGGAGCUUGUGGAUGAUGCCGUGCGCAGGAUCCUUGCCGCCAUGUACAGGCCGGACCUGACCCCGUCAUGGUACGUAGCAAUACCUGGCCCUGGGGCAACUGAGCCGAGGUACCUGCAAGCCAAUGUCACCUCUCCGACACAUCGAGCUCUGUCCCGUGAGUUGGCCACGCAGUCAAUUGCCCGUGCUCUUGCAAAAUGUCUGGACCUCGAAAUGCUGAAGUCGGUAGAUGUGGUGUCAUCGUGCUUGCUUGUCGAGACAAGAUUUGGCUUCUUCUCCUGUCUGAUGUGCCUGCAUCGCCGAAUCAUCGGAUCGGACGUUGACGGAAGACUCGCUGAGAAGUCCAGUGAUAUGCAGCUCGUGAGUGGAAGUUUUUCAUCUGUGCUGCAGCCGCGGCCCGGCAUUGGUCCCGGCAUCGUGGCGCUUUUCCAAAUUCCCAAAGUCCGCGAAACCGGACGGGGUGAGCAGAAGCUGAACAGAUUUGGAAUGAACAGGGUCGUUCAGAAGGGCCAUGUGAAAGAUGCAACAAGGCCAUUGGCGAUUACUACUCGGGAGGUGGAAGCCGCGACCUCGUCUCAUGCCACAAAGUGGGGUGGACCAGAGCCUUUGAACCUUCGAGGUGGCCACACAGUCGCCAGCAACGUCAGGCCGCUCAAGUACGGAGGUUGUCUCGUCGUGUUGGACUCUCCUAGUCCUCGAGAGAAAUCUGGCAGCACGAAGCUUCGCAACAACAUGCAAGAACCGUCUGGUCCAUUUGCCAAAUCUGCACUGGCCCGGGCACGAGGCGAGCGCGGCAAGAAGGCAUCACGGUGCCCGAUCUGCCCGAUGCCCAAAGCUUGGAGCUCCUCACAUCCCUUUGACAAGGCCGACGUCACCAUCGUUGUCGCGGCAACAACCAGUGGGGAGAGCAUGGAUCGGCAGAACCUCACCCUGGAUGGAGGAGCCGACGACUUCAUCGCGGCUGUGUCGGCAGCGGCGAAGCAAGCAGUCGUCAUGCCCUGGAGAAAGUCCGUCCAUGCCAUCCUCAUCCUUUUCCUCGGUGGCGAGGCAGUCUAUGGCGCUCUCCAGAUUUCCCAGUUUGGCGACGAGGCAUUGGACAUGAGCAAGAGCUUGCUACGUACAUCUGCGGCCCCAGCUGGCCGGCUCCCGAUCAUGCUGCCGGAGACAGAGGCCGACUCCAUUCCGUUCGCGCCAGGCCAGGAGUUGUGGGCAGCCCUGGACUUGCGAAGGCAUUGCAAUGGCAUGGCUUCUUGCUGCCGGCAAAGGCAAGUGGACUACACCGAAGGCCUGCGGACAAGCUACAGGAACCCAGACUUCAAAGCGGCGUUUCCUUUCGGCCAUGGUCUGACGUACACGACCUUCGAGCCGCUCGGCUCUUUGUGCGGUACGGAGAUCCCGUUCUUAGCAAUUGCAGUUUGGAGGCGCAUUGGAUGUGAGCUAAGGGGGCCACACUCGGCCGCCGAAGACCACUCACUGGACGUGCCACUGCAGUUUAAAGGGAGCUUAGACGGCAGUUGGCAGUUGAAGGCGUUUGUGUGCCUACGCCUGGUGGUUCACAACACGGGCCCCCGAGCAGGGCGGACGGUGGUCCAGUGCUACUUGGAGAUGCCAGCGGAGGCGUCCUUGGCCUUCUUUCGGAGAACCGGGAUGAUCCCGGCAGGCAGCUCCGAGUCGGUGUUGCUGCACUUCAAGGCUCGAGAAGUGUCUUUCUAUGAUCCCGUGUUUCAGCGAUGGCUUGGGCCUCGGAAGCUGUGUGAAGAGUUCGUCGGGUACCGAGCGCACCAACUUCUCCAGCUCCAUGUGCACAUGUCUGACUUUACCUCAAAGAAAGAAGCAGCCGCUGCCAGCCACUCUGCCUACUGGUGGCUCAUCGCGGUGCUGGUGGCCGUGGCUGUCAUCGUCCCUUUCAUUUUCUAUGACGGGCCAUGUGGGCUGGGCUCCAUGUUCUGCAUCGGUGUGAUCAGAGAUUCGGCAGCUUCCGGUCACCUGUGUCAAGCUAGAUCAAGCAAGCAACUCCGUGGCGGAAAGCCACUUGUACUGACUCCAGCACUCUCCAGCGUCACGCCACCAUCACUUAUGUGUCACGUAUGUCCACAAAUUCCCAUGCACGUGUGCCUUUUCAUGCUCGGUUGGGACUCAGCGGUUCACUUCUUCAGCAUGGGGCAGAUGGACAUGAUGCACAUGAGGCUCGGAUCCGGGAUUUGCAGUAUGGAAGAAGCCUCCCAGCCAUGGCUGGCCAAGCGCUCCAUUGCAGGUAGCCGAAGUCCUGGCUCCCCAGACUCUGAGGCGAAAUGCCUGAGACCCAGGGUGGUCCAGUUGGAUGUUUCUUUGUCAGUGCACAUGUGCAUUGAAGCCGCGCAUGCUGGACAGGUCACGAGCGUCGUUGUGGGUGGUACUUUUGGUAAAGACGUGCCGGAGCACACCGAAAACAUGGAAACGGAGGAGACUUUGGAGGUAAUCACUGAAGACAGUGUGAGCAGUGUGAGCGUGACCGAGGCCGAGCUCAACAGUGCGAUCCGGAAGUACCAGCAAGUGCAUGAGGAUGAGUUCGAAGAGUUGCACCUGCCGAGCGCCGUGGCGGAAGAGAUCCGCAAGUGUUGGCAGGACUUCCUUAGCAAGUUCGCCUCUGCCGAACAAGCUGGCCUAGCCAUCUACGAUGCCAUCUUCGAAGAUGCGCCGAGCAUGCGACCGAUGUUCAAGACCCCCAGGGCGAUCUUCGCUCUGACCUUCACCAACACUUUGAGCAACAUCUUCUCGGUGAGUAAAAAUCCAUCUGCUCUGAAGUCUGCGGUGGAGACGCUCGGAUUUCAGCACCUGGAUCGUGAAGUGACCCAGGCACGACUGGUGGUUUUUGGAGGGGCCAUCUUGAGCAGCAUGGAGGCAGAGCUUGGCUGGGAAUUCACCCCAGAGGCUCGCGUAGGGAUCGUUGCGAUGCUCAACUACAUCGGCGGUGCCAUUGUGUACUGCCGGCGAGAGCUGGGCGGGCGCAUCAAGACCAUCCAGCGCAGCUGGAAAAUCGCCAACCAUGCCGACAUGCCUUCGGAACCACUUCCAGAAAACGCCGAGCCAGAGCAAGGUGAGGGAACGGGUACGGAGGACGCAGCAGCCUCCCCUAGUGGCCGUAGCGAGAAGCUAGUAGACAAAAAGGCCCAGGCCCAAAACAAGUCGGAGGAGGAUGACGGCCAAAACGCUUUGGUUGUGGACGUUGUUGUCACCCGCGGCGAUGUGAAGGUGCCCACCACAUUCAACGAGAUGUUUCUCUUCAACGCAGCCGUGAUGGGCUUCGCCGACAGUAAGUGGAUGCACAUCGUCCUCCCACGUUUCGGUGCCAUGGCGACGAACGUGGCCAACACCACUCGGCUCCAAGAGGAGUGUGAGGUGCUCUCUAUGCUCAUCUCCAAGUACAAGGGUCAGAUCCUCCUUCCGCAGUUCAAGGCCGUGAUGUUGGCUUCCUUGAGGUCAAUGGUCCCCCAGGAUUGGGAUAUGGACCACGAGGUCGCGUGGAACUGGUUUUGGGAAAACAUGGAGAAGAUGCUCAAGAAGUUGAUGGGCGUGCCUCAGAACUACUGCAAAGUGCUUCAUAAGUUUCUGAGCGGCCUGGACGAGGCCAGCAUCACUCGUACCCGGCAAGCAGUCUUUGCACGUUUCUUUGAGCUAACGCCAAGCGCCGAGAGCUUCAUGAAGCAAUCGUCCACCAGGAUGUACUACAUUGCGGACAGGAUCAUGGAGAUGACAAUGGAGAUCCACGAGAACACUCGGCAGGUGGUCGACGACAUCUCAGGUCUUGGCUUGCGCCAUGUGGGAUACGGCGUGCCAACAGAGUACUUUCCACCCAUGGUUCAAGCGUACUGCGAUGCGAUCGAGGAUCUUUGUCAUGACGAGUCGGUGUCCGAAGCCUUCCAGUGGUCACUCUCGCUGAUCACCAAGAUUCUGACCCGCGUCAUCCUCGAAGGCUCGACGGUCGUGAUGAAGGCCAUCAACACCAAUCAGGAGUCUGCCGUUCGGCAAGCUGUGUCAGUUGCUCCACGUGGCAAGCGAGCUAUGGAGGUGUUGAGCAUCUCUGUGGGUACCCAGACGAUCUCGCCUUUGUACUGGGCCAUCGACAGCGGCAGCCUAAACUGCGCAAAGGCCAUCAUCGAAGACUUGCUGACCAUCCGGGCCGACCGUGACGUGUACUACUACGGCUGUGAGGCUUUGUUCACCCGCCAUCCUGAGAUUGUGCAGAAGAUGUGUGCGAGCGCCCCGAGUCUGUUGAUGCCUCUCUUCGACGGUCUGGUUUGGCGCUCGCGGCUCAUCAGUAACGGCAGUCGCCGCGUGAACCUCUACAUCAAACAUUUGGUGCAGGAUAGCAAGGGCGCAUUCAGCCCUACACUCCAAUGGCUGGUGCACUACAAAGACCCCAAAAUCAUGAGCCAUCUCGCUGUCUCCUUUACCACGGACCUCAUUUGGAGUGGAUUCGCCGCUUACCAGUUCCUCUGGGGAAGAUUUUACUUUCUCCUCACGCUUUGUCUUUUCUUCGUCAGCCAGUCCUUAAUGAAGGAGCGAAAGGAUGCCGAUGAAGUGUUCGAGGUGAAUGUGGCUCGUUUUGCAUUCCGUGUCUGGCUGUACCUUGCAAGCUUCUGUGGCUUGUCAUACGGCUUGAUCAAGGACUUCGGCUCUGACAUCCGGAAUGGCCAGGUGAUCAAGAUCUGCAGCGUUCCCAUCCCAAAAUCCCUCACCAAUCCCCAGCAAGUCGGUCGGGUGAGCUUGGUCUGGGUGUUGAUCUUCAUGUUUGCCAUCGAGCCCAUCCUGUGGUGUGCUUCCAGGACGGACAGCCAGAAUAAGUACAUGAUCUUUACCACGCAUUGUGGAGUGGAGGAGGAACUCCGGAUCUAUUCGAUCUUCUCUGCCAUUGGCAUGGUGCUGUUCUGGCUGCUAACGACCGACUUCACAGUUUUCUCCAAGCGGCUGUCGGCACACUUGCUGGUUUGCCGGUGGGUCGUUGUCGAGGUGUGCCUCUACUUGCUUGUACUGGUGUUCCUCAUUCUGACCUUCUCAACGGCAUUGAGUGCCUUCCAGCACAACUUGGAGGAGUUUGAUGGCAUCAUGACCUGGAUCAGCGCGUUGCUCCGGAUGUCGGUCAGGAUGUUCCCAGCCACCGACUUCAAGGCGACCAAGGACGACUUUCCGGUGUUCGUGUGCCUGACCAUCUUUGUUGCGCUGGCCACUGUCUUCCUGAUGAACCUCCUGGUCGCCCAGCUCACAGAGUCUUAUCGCACCAUGUUUGCCGACAUGACCGGGUUUGCUAGACUGAAUCGGGCCGGCGUGGUAGUGUCCGUCCUGGCAGAAGCUCGGCAAGCUCGAUUUGCGAAGUUCCUCCGUGCACUGAACUUCGAAGAGCGCCUGGAAUUCAACGAAGGCGACUCCGGCCCAUCCGGGGGCAUCCAGAUUCAUGAGCCGGCGAAUGAUCACACGGUGACCGAGGACUCCAUUCUCCGAUACGGCGGCCCCACGGCACCAUCAGUUCCGUGGCCGGAAGACCGCAAGGUGGAGGCGAGCAUGGAGGAGAAGAUGCAGCACGUCGAGAACAGGCUGCUGAGCAUGGAGAAGCUGCUCAUCAAGAUGGCACACAAGAGUAACAUCCAUGUCCCGCACAAACCAGAAAGUGCGAGAUCCAGCUCAAAGGCAUCGUCUCAAUCGGACAAGAGCAUCAAGAGCCAAUGA